GCUAGAUAUUCAUACAUAUACUUAGUACGCCCCCUGGAGUUUUAAAGUGGUAAACCAUAAUUAAAAAUGAUAUUAGCUUGCAGUCUUAUCAGAUCGUAGCAUUGUGUGUAUAUACUUUGUUGUAGAAUACUACUACGGCAGCUGGGAGUUAUAGCUUUGCAACAGCUGGUUGCACCCUGGUUAGGAAACACUGUACUAAGGAUACACAAGGCAGCUCUUUUCACACCAAAUCUCCCAGAAAGUGCCAGAAAGUUUCCUGGGCAUAAGUAAAAAAUACCAAUAGACUCCCACACACCCAUGGAGACCCAAAGAGCGUUGCCCUUCAAACCAGUAAAUAUUUUUAGGUUUCUUGCAGUAGCAACAUGCACCAGCACAGCAGACUGCACUAUUUCAUCCGGUAAUAUGUGGGCAGGAUGACAGAUCUGUGGUUGGCACUUAUCUCGCAGUGCUGGGGUCUUGGGCUCUAAUCUGACCAAGUACAACAUCUGCAAAGAAGUUGUAAAUAAUACCUUGGUUUUCCAUUUCCUCCCACACUAUAAAAAAACCUACUGACUGGUUAAACCGUGCAAGCCCCCAGCAGGAGAGAUAGAAACUAAGUCCAGCAGAAGACAUAGGAUGCAUGCGCUGGAUCCUGUUGAUGAAGGUGCAUGCGCAAAGUUCCGGAGCAGUGGUUAGUGAUGGUGCAGGCGCACACGGCAAGGAGGUGCAGCGGACGUGUGCACAGACGCAAGAGGAUGUGGAGGAGAUGAUGAAGUACACCGGAGCCGCGACCCAGAAGGAAUUAAAGGAGAUCCAUAUUGGCAGCACUGAUAGGAUGCAAUAGAGGUAUAGAUGCCUGCGAUUUGUAGCAGGAAGAAAUGGAUUCCACUAGCAAUGCCUAUAUUACAUGGACUAUACACUUAAACACAAUGGACAAUUUUACUGCACAGAUUGAAAACGUCACAUUCCUGAACAAUUCCCAUGUGUGCACUAUGGAUGAAUCGGCACUAAACUACUUUCUUAUGAUCUUCUACUCAUUCAUUUUUAUUAUUGGACUGAUGGGCAACGGUUUGGCACUGUAUGUGUUUUUAUGUAUUCACAGUAAAAGAAACUCUGUGCAAGUGUAUCUCCUAAAUGCGGCCAUUGCAGAUCUUCUCUUGAUUGUAUGCCUUCCAUUUCGGAUAAUGUAUCAUAUUUCAGAGGAGUGGAAAAUGGGCAUCGUUUUCUGCAAGGUUGUUGGCAACCUAUUUUACAUGAAUAUGUACAUAAGUAUUGUCCUUUUGGGUCUUAUCAGCAUGGACCGUUACAUUAAAGUGAAGAAAUCUCAGAGAAGGCACAGUGUGUCAAAAAAGAAAUUUAGCAUCCAGAUCUGCUGUGGCCUGUGGGCGGCAGCAAUCUUCUCUGGAAUGCUUCUCAUUGCUACACAAUCCAUUAAAGAACAAUCUUCUCCUAAUCUGUGUUUCCACUAUACAGACCGGAAAGACAAAGUCUGGCAAGCAGCAUUUAAUUACUUUGUGGUGCUCAUCUUUUGGAUUGUUUUUGUUCUGCUUUUAUUAUCCUAUGCAAAAAUUGGAAAAAACCUUCAGAGGAUCUCUAGGGAGCGAGCCUAUAUACCAAAUGCUGGCAAGUACAGUCGUACAGCAUACAAGUCAUUCUUCGUGCUCUUUAUCUUCACUGUUUGCUUUGUGCCUUAUCAUACAUUCAGGAUUGCUUACAUAGCAACGCAACUGCAAACUCUCUCUUGCUACUGGGUGGAUAUAGUUCACAAAACCAAUGAGAUAACCUUAAUGUUUUCUGCGGUUAACAGUUGUCUAGACCCCAUUAUGUACUUCUUGUUGUCCAAUACUGUCCGUAAAACAGUGUUUCAGCUCCUUUGGAGAACCAGCAGAGAUAGCAGUAGAAGUGAAAGCAACACCUCAGAUCUUCAUCCAGGACAUACUCUUCCUGAAAGCAUUAACAAUGCCUAUUCCCAGACUCCUACUCCAAUAAAUAAAAGGAGACUCCGAAUGACUGCAAUUGAAAACUUGUAGAAUGGCAUUAGGGUUAAAGAGUCUGGUCAACUAACCAUAUCGAUCACUUAUCUACCAAAUAAACAUUUACUGGGGAUAGUCACGUGCAUUACUGAUCCAUUCACAGAGGGCACUUGAGAACUGCUUUCCUCUAGAUUAGUGUGGGUUUUUGGGAAACCCCAGGGAUCACACAUGUAUCACCUGUCCUGUGAAUAGGUAAUAAGUGCUGUGGGUGUACCUACCCUUUUAAGUAGCAUUUUAAAAAAAAUAGUUAAUUUAUUGGUUCACACACUAAAGUUGUCCAUAUAUAAAAUUAGUGUUGUUCUUUAUAAAAAAAAUAGGUUUAAUUUCACAUAUAUAUCUGCGUUUAUCCAUUUUAAAUGUACAAACAUUUGUAAAAAUGUUCUGCCUGCUUUUUUUUUUCUAUGACUUGUUACCCUUUGUUUUGUCCAAUAUAUAAAGUGGUUCCACAUAUGCAGUUCAAUAUUAGUUUACCAACUGUUAGUUUGCAGGUUUUGGCAAAAAAAAUGUAGAAAUUUUUUAAACAGUUGCUUAUUUUUGCAAAAAGUUGUCAUUCCUAUUUUUUGAGAGUGCUGGAGUAAGUGUGUGCAAUAUCAUAUAGGUCGCCAACUGUUCAGGAAGGGAACAGAAAGUGAUCAGGUCAUUUAGGAGAACCACUGUGCAAUAAUGUACACUAUUUUACCUUAAAACAGCACACCUUUACUCUACCAUACAGUUCACUAAGCACCCAGUACACAUCUGAUUCUACCAACUUUGCGUAGUGGCAAAACCCUUUAAUGGAGCGUUCACAUGUGCAUAUUUUUGCUGCAGAUCUGCUGCAGAUUUGCUGCUGCAGAUUUUGCUGCCCAUUGACUUUAAAUCUGCAGCAGAAAAUACGCAUGUGUAAACAAACACGCCCUUAGGGUGCGUUCACACGGGCGUAUUUGUCAGCGGAUC